UGUACCUGUGCAUUAAUCUGCCUGACUGCGAUACCCGUUCAGCAAUCGAUUGACGGAGGGCAUUUGAUAACCAAAGGACUUGACCCGACUCGGAACAAUAAGGUCAAAUGCUCAAUUUUCGGUUGAUAUGAAGGUGAAUUACGGCUACCACAACAACGCGGUGUGUGUGUGUGCAUGAUGAGCGGCUGAAGAGGAGGAGGAGGAGAAGAAGAAGAAGGAGGCUGCGGUCUGAAACCAGAUUUUAUCCUGGAUAUUUCGGAAACUAGCGUCGUGUCGUUCACACAAGGGGGCUAGGUAUUAAUGUAGUAUGUUAUUUUGUGCCCUAGACCGUCUCUUUCCAUCCUAAUUUGAAGGGGGUUUGACCCGUUUUCUGCCUCCUAAGGAUCCUCCGGCAGCGGGACGUUGAACGUUUUUUCCUCCAGAUAUGGAGUGUGAAGAUGCGGAUUACAGAGGAAUCCCCACCGUUAGUUUAGCCGCAUUGCUUUUAGUACACACAUCGGUGCGGCGUUGUUUUCGGCAGGAAUAAACAGUGAAACUAUGAAUGCAUAUUUACUGGCUAGAGGAACAAAUCGGUGAUUUUGGAGCACGAUUGGACUCCCAUUAGGAGACGUGAGAAAGCUACCCUGCUAGCCUGCAUGUAGUAGCUAUUAGCUCCAUUAGCCGGCUAACAGCUAAAAGGUGCUGGCUGGAGAUUAAAAAGCUUUUUCAGAAAUAAUUUGACCAGGUUUUACCCACGUUUUCCCCCCACCAACGUAUUUAUUUGCAGGAUUUGCUCAUUUGCUCAUCCAGGAAUGAGGUCUCGAAUGGAAAGGAGCCGCUUGACCUUGUUUUGGGGUCUGAUGCUGGGUCUGUCGUCCUGCCUCCGGCCCGCCACCGCAGAGAUCUGCGGUCCCAGCAUCGACAUCGGCAAUGACAUCAGUGAAUUCAGGCGUCUAGAGAACUGCACGGUGGUGGAGGGGUACUUGCAGAUCCUCCUCAUCGGUGACAAAAACAACAACAUCAACCAGGAAGUAUUCCGCUCCCUCAGUUUCCCCAAGCUGACUAUGAUCACGGACUAUCUGCUGCUGUUCAGGGUAUCCGGCCUGGACAGCCUGAGCGCGCUCUUCCCCAACCUCACUGUCAUACGGGGACGAAGCCUCUUCUACAACUAUGCCCUCGUGAUCUUUGAGAUGACCAGCCUCAAGGACAUUGGCCUGUACAACCUGAGGAACAUCACCCGGGGCGCCAUCCGCAUUGAGAAGAACCCAGAGCUCUGCUACCUGGACUCUGUAGACUGGUCACUCAUCAUGGACGCAGAGUUUAACAAUUACAUUGCCGGGAACAAGCAGUCCAAGGAGUGCAGCGAUGUUUGUCCGGGCAUCAUGGAGAACAACCCUCAGUGCAGGAAGACCAUGUUCAACAACAACUACAACUACCGCUGCUGGAAUUCCAAUCACUGCCAGAAAGAGUGCCCAGAGAAGUGUGUGCGGCGAGCGUGCACAGCGGACGGCGAGUGCUGCCACCCUCAGUGUCUGGGCAGCUGCACAGUCCCUGGUAGCGACACAGCAUGUGCAGCGUGCGUGCAUUACUACCACCAAGGACGCUGCGUGGCUGACUGCCCUCCCGGCACCUACAAGUUCGAGGGCUGGCGCUGCAUCAGCGCCGAUCUAUGCUCCAAAUUCCACCUCCCCAACUUGGACAGCUUCAUCAUCCACGGUGGAGAGUGCAUGUCUGAAUGCCCUUCUGGGUAUACGCGCACUAGACCCAACAGUAUGUUAUGUACAGCCUGUGACGGUCUGUGUGAUAAAGUGUGCGAGGAGAAGGUCAUCGACUCCAUGGAUGCUGCUCAGUCUCUCAAAGGCUGCACCGUUAUCAAAGGCAACCUGCAUAUCAACAUCCGCAGAGGCCACAACAUGGUGGCAGAGCUGGAGAGUUUCACCGGUCUGAUCCAGAGGGUGACCGGUUAUGUGCACAUCAGACAUUCCCACACUCUGAGCUCCCUGGCCUUCCUCCGCAGCCUCAGACACAUCGAUGGAGAAGACCUCCUGGACGACAUGUACGCCUUCUCGGCAUUUGACAACCAGCAGCUCCAGUAUCUUUGGGACUGGAAGCAGCACAACCUCACCAUCAAGGCAGGAAAGCUGUUCUUCAGAGCCAACCCGAAGCUGUGCAUGUCCGAGAUCCGCAAGAUGUGGGAGAAGACGGGCAUCCAGGGCCGCUUCGACGAGAGCGACUUCCGAAACAACGGCGACCGAGCCAGCUGUGACAGCACUAUCCUGAAGUUCAAGUCCAACAGCACCAGCAGUACAAGGAUCAAACUGACCUGGCAGCGCUACCGUCCCCCCGACUACAGAGACCUCAUCAGCUUUAUCGUCUACUACAAGGAGGCGCCAUACCAAAACAUCACAGAGUUUGAGGGGCAGGACGGCUGUGGCUCCAACAGCUGGAAUAUGGUGGAUGUGGAGCUGAGGCCCGACAAAGACUCAGACCCCGGAGUGCUGCUGUCCGGCCUGAAGCCCUGGACGCAGUAUGCCGUAUUCGUGAAGGCGAUCACGCUCAUGGUGGAGGACAAACAUAUGCCGAGUGCCAAGAGCAAGGUGGUCUACAUCCGCACCAGCCCUUCGGCGCCCUCCAUGCCUCAGGAUGUGCGAGCGUACUCUAACUCAUCUACACAGCUGGUGGUGCGUUGGUCGCCCCCUGUCUCACCAAAUGGAAACCAGACUUACUACCUGGUCAGAUGGCAGCAACAAGCUGAAGACCGAGAGCUGUAUCAGCACAACUACUGCUCUAAAGAGCUGAAGAUCCCAAUAAGAAUCGCUGCCAUAGGUGUGGGGGACCAGGAAGAGGACACCAAGCCCACGAAGCCAGACCCAGACGGGCCAGACAAGGGCCCCUGCUGCCCCUGUCCCAAAUCAGUGGAGGACCUGGAGGCCGAAGCUGCCGACGCCUCCUAUCGAAAAGUCUUUGAAAACUUCCUGCACAACUCCAUUUUUACACCAAGGCCACCAGAUCGUCGCCGUAGAGAUCUCUUUGGCGUAGCUAACUCCACUCACUCCCGCCGCAACCGGCUGCACACCAACAGCAGCACUGCGCCUCCUCUCCAAGCCGCCGGUAACAGCAGCACCGCAGAUGCGGAGCCGGUGGACAGAGAGUUUGAGUUCAUGGAGCAAUCUGUGACGGAGCGCGAGCUGCAGAUCUCUGGCCUGCAGCCGUUCACCGUUUACCGCAUCGACAUUCACGCCUGCAAUCGUCAGGUCCAGCGCUGCAGCGCCGCUGAGUUCGUCUUCUCUAGAACCAAGCCUGCAGAAAAGGCUGAUGACAUACCCGGACCAGUGACCUGGGAGGGUCAUGAGGACUGGGUGUUUCUGCGCUGGCCAGAGCCGCAUCACCCCAAUGGGCUCAUCCUCAUGUAUGAGAUCAAGUUUAAACUGGCUUCUGAGACGGAGAAGCACGAAUGUGUCUCUGGUCAGAUGUAUCAGGCCCAGCGUGGUGUUCGGCUGUCCAACCUCAGUCCAGGAAACUACUCCGUGAGAGUGAGAGCCACGUCACUGGCUGGCAACGGCUCCUGGACACACCCCCUGGAUCUCUAUGUGGCUGAGCGAUAUGAAAACGUCCUCUACGCUAUGAUCUUCGUUCCUAUCGCCGUCAUCCUCUUCAUCUGCCUUUUAGCCACAAUGCUGGUGGUCCUCAACAGGAAAAGGAACAGUGACCGGCUUGGAAAUGGAGUCCUGUACGCCUCAGUCAACCCAGAGUACUUCAGCGCUGCAGAGAUGUAUGUACCAGAUGAGUGGGAGGUGGCACGGGAGAAGAUCUCCUUGAGUCGUGAGCUCGGCCAGGGGUCCUUCGGCAUGGUGUACGAAGGCUUGGCUAAGGGCGUGGUCAAAGAUGAACCAGAGACCCGUGUCGCCAUUAAGACUGUCAACGAGUCAGCCAGCAUGAGGGAGAGGAUAGAGUUUCUCAAUGAAGCAUCUGUCAUGAAGGAGUUCAACUGUCACCACGUGGUUCGUCUCCUGGGAGUGGUUUCUCAGGGCCAACCCACCCUGGUCAUCAUGGAGCUGAUGACUCGAGGAGACCUGAAGAGCUACUUACGCUCCCUCCGACCUAAAGAGCAGCAGUGGUCGAGCCUGUCGCUCCCUCCUCUGAAGAAGAUGCUUCAGAUGGCCGGGCAGAUCGCCGACGGCAUGGCUUACCUCAACGCCAACAAGUUUGUCCACAGAGAUCUGGCAGCCAGGAACUGCAUGGUGGCAGAGGACUUCACUGUAAAGAUAGGAGACUUUGGCAUGACCAGAGACAUCUACGAGACAGAUUAUUACCGCAAAGGUGGUAAGGGUUUGCUCCCCGUCCGCUGGAUGUCACCCGAGUCUCUGAAGGACGGAGUCUUCACCACCAACUCUGAUGUCUGGUCGUUCGGGGUUGUGUUAUGGGAGAUUGCCACUUUGGCAGAACAGCCCUACCAAGGUCUGUCCAAUGAGCAGGUGCUACGUUUUGUCAUGGAGGGGGGACUGCUGGAGAAACCGCAGAACUGUCCUGACAUGCUGUUCGAGCUGAUGCGAAUGUGCUGGCAGUACAAUCCUAAGAUGCGUCCAUCCUUUGUGGAGAUCAUCAGCAGCAUAAAGGAUGAGCUGGAGCCAUCUUUCAGAGAGGUUAGUUUCUUCUACAGCGCCGACAACAAGCCGGCCGACGCGCCACAGCUCCACCUGGACAAGCUGGACAACAUGAACGACGUCCCUCUGGACCCCCCUUCUUCCACACAGCCACAGCAAACACCAGUCCCCCAACAGACCCCUCCCUCCCCAAGCUCAGAGGCUCCCCCCGCCCCCUCGCUCGCCCCCAGCUCCCCGUCUUCUCCCUGCACGUCGACCGCCGCCAUGGACAAGCAGCCCUCCGGCCAGCAGGCGGCCAAUGGGCUGUCGGGGGCGAGCCUCGCCGCGGGGUCAGGGGUCACGGUGCGGCCGUCUUUAGACGAACUGCCGCCGUACGCGCACAUGAACGGAGGACGCAAAAACGAACGUGCCAUGCCGCUCCCGCAGUCCUCCGCCUGCUGACUGGACAGACACACCCACCAGACUGCAAACCCUGCCACCUGCUGCUCUGCAGAACCUGAGGUCUCAGUGGGUGCGACC